GAAGCGAUGGAUAUCAACCUCGAAGACGAGGUAUUUAUAAGCUGUAAUUUUGGAUCUUUGAAUCACAUUGUUCAUAUUUCUAACAUCAGUCCUUCUUUAGGUGGUCGUGGUGGCACUUUGCUGUCUUGUGAUAAGGCAAAAGGUUAUUCUGCCGAAGGCAUUAGCCUUACUGAUCCUGACAUCAGUCAGAGAUCCAAGCAUAUAUCUUCCUUG